GGAGUAAGACCGCUCCGAAGUGACGUCAGGACACUCCCUCACGAGUUCUAUCGGUGGACUCCCUCAACUCUGAGAACGGCAAGCUGCAGGAUCACAUCAAGGACCUUCAGAAGGACAAGGACGACAUGCUGGAGCAGAGGGAUUCCGCCUCCAGGGACAAGGAGCGCAAGGAUAAGGAGCUGGAGAGGAUCAACAAGAACGUUGAGACUCUGGAGGCGAAGGCAGGAAGUCUGAAGGAGGAGAACGUCAUGAUAAAGGAGAAUCUCAACAAGACUCAGCUGGAGAAGGAGAUGAUGAUGCAGGAGAAGGGCGAAAUCAGCGAGGCGCUCGCUAAGAUGGAGGCGACGUGCGUCGAGCGGCAGAUGAUGCUGGGACAGAUGAAGAAGGACGAGGAGAAUCUGAGGGAUGCCAUCGACAAGCUACAGAAUCUCAACGACGGCCUCGGACAGGACAAGAACGAGCUCACGCGGCAGAUCCAGAAGCUGGAGAAGGAGAUCAUGGACUUCGAUGAGAGGAAGAUGAAGAACGAGGAUGCGAAGGAUGCACUGAAGGAAGCCCUCGCCAAGAUGGAGUCUGAGAAGCAGGACGUGAUGCACGAGAAAGCCAGUGUGGAGACCAACCUGCAGCUGUCUGAGAUGAAUGCAGAGAAGCUGGAGGCGAAGAUCGAUGAUCUGCACAAGGAGAAGGCUGAGAUCAACGAGGAGCUGAACAACGUAAUGGACAUCGUUCAAUUUUCGGGGGCGCCACGGCAGGCACGGAGCGUAUCCGUGGCACUCGCCGUCUUUGACCUAGUGAGACUCAAACCUCAUGUGCUCUUAGCACGCGCUAAGAUGUCUCCUUUCUUCCUCUUUCUCGCUCUGGCGCGUGCAGCACUGAAAACCGAGAAGGACAACUUGGAGACGCAGCUCUAUGAGUCGCAGCAGGUCGUGGAGAAGCUGCAACAGCGCAGGGAGCAGCUGGAGGGAGAGAACCAGGAGCUGCUCGUCAAGAGAGAGCAGCUGCAAGCGGAAUGUCAGCGCGUGCAGAGGGACUUGGAGGCCGAGGGGGAGAAGACUCGGCGCACCAAGGAGCAGAUGGAGGUUCAGAUGUUGCGCAACGAGGAGGACCAGUCGGUGACGAUCCAAGCGACCAAGGUCGCGCACGAGGAGGAGCUCGCACAGAUGCUGCAGCAGCUGGAGAACAUGCGCCUCGAGAUGAAGGCCACGACCGAAGCCAUGCAGGAGAAGUGCAACAUGGAGAAGGAGGAUCUGGGGCUGAUCAGCGAGAAGGAGAAGAAGGACCUCAGCGACGAGAUCUCCUCGCUCAUCCGCGACCGCGACGACGCUCUGAUGGUCGCAGAGACCGAGAAACAAGAGGCGUUGUCCGUCGCCGACGCGGAGCGCGUGAAUAUCAACGAGAAGCUGCAGAAGGCUCUGCAGGAGAUCACGGCCGUGCAGCAGGAGGUCGAGAGGAUGAAGCGCGAAGCCAACGCACGUGCCGACCAGGACAAGAUCACGAUCCUCAGCCUCGAGACGGACAAGGCCAGCCUGGAGUCGAGACUCAAGGAUGCUGCGGCUGCCAACGAGAAGGCACUGAAGGAGUGCAGCAUGCGCAUCAAGGAGCUGAACACGCACCGCGUCUCGCUGGAGGAGGAGAUCAGCAAACAGAAGCGCAUCGUCACCACGCUCGAGGAGAACAAGGAGUCGCUGAAGAUGAAGAACGCCGAGCUCAACCUCGUCAUCAAGGACGAGAGGGAAGAGGUCGAGAAGAUGCACAAGGACAACAGCGAGCUGAAGAAGCAGUGGACCGAGGAGCUGCACGAGAAGGAAGCCGUCAACCGCUCGAACGAGGAGCUGAGGAACCACAUCAAGAAGAGCGAGCAGGACAAGGGCGACCUGAGAAGGAAGCUCGACGACGCCAAGCAGAAUCUCGCCUCCACCGACGAGAAGAAGUCGUUGCAGGAGAAGGACGUGGGCGCGUUGAAGGAGAGUCUGAGGGACGUGGAGCGAUCGCGUGUGGAGCUGAAGCGAGAGCUCGCAGAGACACGCAGACAGAAGAAGGAGGGCGAGGAGGAGAGGUUGAAGGUGAAGAAGGAGUCGGACGACUACCAGAAUCGCGCGAUGCGGUCGGAGGAGAGAGAGGAGGACCUCAAGAAGGACAUCUUCUCGCUGAAGCAGAAGCUGACGGAGGGCGAUGCGCAGCGCGAGUCUCUUCGCAAGGAGCUCACGAACAUGCAGCGCCGCCUCGGCGAGGUCGAGGACGAGUACCGGAUGAAGCAGAAGGAGAUGAACCUUGCUCUGGAGGACAGCCGCAGCUCGGAGACGAAGAUAGACAGCACGAGGCACAACCUCGAGCUGCAGAUGGACGGCUACAACUCGGAGAUCGCCGAGCUGAAGAUGAAGUUGAGCGCGAGCGAGGGCCGCGUCAUCGCGCUCGAGCAGCAUCUCACGCGCAUGGAGGGAGCGAAACGCGACGCAGAGCAUAAGCUGAGCAACAUCAACUCUGCGCUGCGCCGCACGAUCGGUUUCCGUGGCGACAGCCCAUACGGCCGCCGCGGCAGCCCCAGCCCGGCCCGCGCUAGACCGAAGUCGCCAGUGAAAGAGAAUUGA